AUGGAGAAACAAUAUACAUUACAUGCAAUCCAUGAUAAUGAUGAAGAAAGAGUACAAGAAGGGUUACGUAAAAUUAUCACAUAUUUCUCAGAUAUUUCAUGCUACAAAACUGAAUCACUUGAUAUAAUUAAAGAAUUAUUGGAUCGAGGCGCUUCUGUGCAUACUAUUAACAAGCGAGGAGAAACCCCUCUCAUGAUAGCAUGCGCAUAUUCAAAUAUUCAUGUUGUGAAAUUAUUAUUGGAAUAUGGCUCUGAUCUUGAAAAAGUUGACAAUGAGAAUUUGACUGCAUUAUGGCAUGCAAGAUGGACUGGUGCCAAGAAUAUUGUACCUAGUGCAUUAGAUGCAGUGUUAUUAAAUGAUAUCGAUGCAUUGAUGGAAGCUAUAGACAAAAGUUGCGAUUUAAAUGAAACAGAAUCCAGCGGCGAUACUGCUUUACAUAAUGCAGUACAAAUGAGAUAUAAUAAAAUGGUUAUAUUGUUAUUGAAUGCAGGUUUUUCAGUGAAUAUUCAAAAUUCUUGUGGAGAUACCGCAUUACAUUUGGCUUGCGUACCGGGUAUUUCAUCAGAAAUUAUAGAAAUGUUAGUGAAAGCUGAUAAAGAUAUUGUUAAUAUAAGUAAUUACCGUGGUGCGUAUCCAAUUAUGGAAGCUAGUUAUUCUUGUGAUUUAAAAAUUAUAGAUAUUUUAAUAAAAGCAGGAGCUAGUUUGAAUGUAUCAUGUGAUAAUCAUACUGCUUUAUGGGAUGCUAGACUUGCCAAUAAAAUGGAUAUUUACCAAAAAUUACUUGAAGAAGGCAUAAACCCUUUGCUUGGUGGUGAAUUUCAGUAUUAUGUACAAUUUUUGUUCAAUAUGUGGUGUACUGAUUCGGAAAUGGUAAUUAAAAUUUUACACUCGAAUAAACAUUUGAAAACUACAGGAUUUGUUCAAAUUGCUUCAAAUCUUAGAUACAACUUGGAUUAUGUGAAAGAGUUUGUCCAAGCUUUGAGUGAUGCUGGAAUUCACGUGCAUUUUGUAGACGAUUCAGCUUAUAGUGAUGCUGGAAUUGAUAUACCUUUUAUAGAACGCCCAGUUCAAAGCUCUCCUUAUGCUUUGACUAUAUCUUUUACAGAUGCUUCUGAAGACCUAAUAUUCUGGUUAGCAUCACAAAGUUGUGCUAUAGAACCAAUUGUUUCGAAUGAGUCAGAUAAAUUCAGUCUUAAACACAUAUGUAGAACAUUUAUUCGAAAGGCGUUAUCCGAAACUGUUCACUCAAAGCAUCAAUUUGAUUUAGCUUUGCGCCAAUUAGACUUGCCUAUUGAUGUGAUGUUAUACAUAAAAUACUUGAAAUAA